UUACCGUUCGACCUGCAGUGUACGGAUAAAUCACGUUUCAUCAUGUCGGCACGCGAUUUUAAAAUACGUUUAUUUCUGGAGGAUGUAAUGCGCCCCCUGGUGUACACUGGCGUUACUGUGGGCUUUUUUAUAGGCGCAUCCGUCGCCACAGGCCUUUUUUGUUUUUUUACGAUGCAGUAUAACAACAGGAACCGGACACAAAGAGCCGUAAACAGGAAUCUUGAGGAUUCGAAGCAGUCUAAGGAAAGGAAUCGGAGCCAGGAGAGGUUAAUUGCUCAGAUGCAAAGCGAGAUAUCUGUCCUGAAGCUCAAAGUGAGGAAGCUGGAUCAGCUUUUAACGAAGUACAUCGAGAACAAAAAUACAACCCAGGAACAACAAGAAGAACAACUGGAAGAAGAACAGCUCAUGGAGCCGUUAACUCCCCGAAAUGAGCGGACUGGUGCCAUUCAGAGGUUGUCUCGCAUGGAUCAGUUGCAACUGAGUGAUCUUUAGGGCACCUGGGAGAUCGGUUCUAAGCCCCUAUAGCUCCAGGGUGGCUCGAUACUGGGACGGCCACAGUGAGUCAACAUUCAUUACCAGCGAGAUCGUGUGAGGGGCCUCAGGAAGGGGAUUCCAAGGGAGGAGAGAUGGAAAAGAGGGGAAGGAGAAAGGAAGGAAAGGAGAGUGAAUAAGAGCUGAGGCGUGAAGCAGCCAAGACCAGAAUGUCCUCAAAACUCAACUGCUGUUGGAGGAAAUAGGAUUGAUGCAAAUGUAAAGUGGAUCAAGAUGUAGGCCUUGGCAUGGAUGUGAAGAUGCUGCGGUUACGGCAUAUCUCGUGCCUCCUUCUCCUGCUACACUUUGCGGAAUCUCUGCAUCCCAUCCAAGCCAACAUCACCCUCGUCUUCGACAGCUCGGACCAUGCUGAUCGAUUGUGCGGGUGCAGCUGUGCGACGGAGGUGCGCAGUUGCGAUGAAGCUCUCGCCAACCUAAUGUGCAGCUGCGGCACGGUGUGGCGUUCGGCUCUGUCGCCUGGCACCCUGGAGGCCGAGACGCUGACUGUGUGGGCGUGGCAGCCCUGGGUCCUAAAGGAGCUGCUAAAUGGUAGCAGGGUUCCAGAACUGCAGCUGUCUCUGUGUAGCCCUACAUCAUUUCUUGGACCUUCUCAAUAUCUCACCAUCGUGGGUCUCAGGAAGCUUCAGUUCUCCAACAAUGGGGUGCCACAACACAAGACUGAAAGAGUCCUGGACUUUGGGCUGAAUGUCCAAAAUGGGAAUGUCAGUGUUGCAUUUUUAGACUUGUGGUCCCUGAACAAUCACUUGAAGGCUUACAGUGUGAUUGGGCCACCGCUACAGACGCUGAUUCAGCAUUUCCCUUUCCUUCAACAUACCAAUUUAAAGCUUACUGACCAAGACAAGAUCCACAAGCCAUCCAUCUUAACUUUCAUUUACUAAAGGGAGCCUCUAGGGUUGAUCAAAUUUUUUUGAGAAACAUGGAGAACAUGGCUUCAUUCUACACUGAAUUCAUUCCCCACACGCUAUGAGUAUAUACUGGGUGGUAUCAAAAAGGUCUGUGCUCUCUGUGACUGUGCGUGCAGCCUUGUGCUGCCAUCUGUUGGUGUGUUACAAAACUAGUCUUGAAACUUUUUGAUACCACCUCAUACAAUACGUCUUAACUAUGGUACAUGUGCACAUGAUCCCGUUGUUGCAUUGCAGGAUUUCAUGAGUGAACUGUAUUUCAAUUCAUUUCUUUUCCCUUUUUCUUCGCUCUCACGCAUGGCUACAAAACAGAGAAAAAAUACAAUAUCCUGCACCGUUUUGUAAACAGGGUGCGGUUUUAGACUUGUUAAAGGAAAUACUUCCUCCACUUUCAAAUUUUUCUACCAAAACCACCAUACAAAAAAAAAAAAAAAGAGCAGAAGGCACUUAGAAUCACUUCCUUUUUCCUUUGAGGUUGCACGUUCGGAUAAAUACCAUUUAUCAUUAGCGGCACCAAUUAAUCGCCAGAAUGACUUUCUAACUGGUUUACAUGUGAACCAGAGCUAUAAUUGUUUUUUUUUUAAACUGCAAGUGUACAAAGUAAAAUUUCUAUAUGUUUUCUCUCCAACUACUAGCACUACUAGCACUUAAUUAACAAAACAUUGUAUACAGGAUCAUUUUCCUUUUUUUUGUGUAAGAAUCGAUGAUGGCAUUGCAACCCUAUCUGGUGACCAAGUGUAUUAUUAUGGGAUGUAAAUAGAGAAAAUUGAUGUACAAAUUUAGCACGUAAUUUAACAUUAAAGGUCACCUCAGGCCAACUACAGCCCUGUCCCGGGAAUGUCUGGGAACGUCUAAGCAUGCAUAAUUUGUGCUUUGUAUUGCACGUCGCUAUAGGUUACGAUCAAUAAAAAGUAAGCAGAGUCUCAAAAUUUUACUAUGCAUUGAAUUUUUAGGAUUGAAUUGUUUCAUAUUUAGCAUCUGCUACAAGUUAGUAAUAAAACUGCUUUGACGUGGAAUAUUAUUUAAAUACAAGACAUUCAGAAGUCAUUUAUUCCAUUUUAGACCUCAGUGAUUUGUUAUUUAUUACAGAUCCAUUAAAAGUUACAUUUAAUUUAUUAUUACAAGUCAAUACAAGUCAAUUCUAGUUCUGUCGCAUGAUAAGCAGAUAUAUUUAUUUAUUUACAGCCCCUGGCCCUUAAUCUUGUUCUUAUUUCUAGACUGUUUGGGUGCAUUUGCAAUAGGAGACAUGUCAUGUAUUCUAUACCCGUCCAUGUUUUUGGCGGUAUCAGAACGAGCACUGUUAUAAGUAUAGGAAUUCAGCAUUUCUUUCUAAACACUGUGGCAUCAAGUUUUGCUUUCCAUUGCCAUGAUUAUGUCAUUUUAAAAUGACUAAUAUUACCAGUAAAUCUUGGGCAAGA